AUGCUCUGGAUGCACUGGAUGCUCUGGAUGCACUGGAUGCACUGGAUGCUCUGGAUACUCUGGAUGCUCUGGAUGCUCUGGAUGCUCUGGAUGCUCUGGAUGCUCUGGAUGCACUGGAUGCUCUGGAUGCACUGGCUGGAUGCUCUAAGUGCUUUAGAUACUUUAGAUGCUCUGGAUGCUCUGGAUGCUCUGGAUGCUCUGGAUGCUCUGGAUGCUCUGGAUGCUCUGGAUGCUCUGGAUGCUCUGGAUGCUCUGGGAAGUACCGGCGAGUAUAAUAUGUAUUAG